AUGAGGGUUGAGCUGCUCCUCGGCAGAUUUACCCUUCGGUCGGGCCUACGACAAGCAUCCGGGUUCAAACCGACGUCGCUCGUUUUCCGACCGCAAUGCGCGCGAUAUUUGCAUGCGCCGCGCCGAAUACCGUGGCGCGGCAGCGGUAAACGGAGCAACGGCUCUGCGCUGCGGGCGUCGGCUGGCGGCGCAGCAGCCAUUGGCACGGCGGCGUUUGUCAAGCUCGCGCAGAAGGACAACGGCGGGACCGAUGAGACGGGCGAGCUGCGCAUGCUAGAGUUGUCGCGGGAGGAGAUUCGCAAGGCGGUUGACAACAAUGAUCGCGGCUUAUCGCGGCUUGUGCACGAGGCGCUAUUGUUUCUAGACCUGUACAUCUGGGAGCCUAUAUUCACAGGCGUACGGUUCCUCCAUCUCGUUGCCAUCUUUGUGCCCGUCAUCGUGUCCGUGCCCAUCGUCUGGCUCGGCCGCCGCUUGCCGGAGCGCGAUGACGAGCGCCAGGGCACGCUGUGGUGGUACGGCUUCAUGGUCAAGGCCAUGGAGCUGGCGGGCCCGGCCUUUAUCAAGCUUGGCCAGUGGGCGGCGUCGCGGUCCGACAUCUUCCCCAACGAGCUCUGCGAAUCACUGUCCAAACUGCACUCCAACGCGCCCGCCCACUCAAUGCGCGUCACGCGGGCGACGGUCGAGGCCGCUUUUGGCGGACGCCCGUUUGAGGAGAUCUUCGACGAGUUUGAGGAGAAGCCGCUCGGCGUCGGCGCCAUUGCACAAGUAUACAAGGCCAAGCUGAAGCCGGAUGUGGCGUCACCAGCCGACUCGGACAUUGUCAUGAACAAGGACAUGGCGGAUAAUGUCAAGCACCAUGUAAAGACGGUGCUCAUGAGCUCGCCCAGCCGCGUGCCUUCGACCUACGUGGCUAUCAAGGUGCUGCACCCCCAUGUUGAGCGAACAGUUAGACGCGACUUGCGCAUCAUGGGGUUCUUUGCCUCCAUGCUCAACGCCAUCCCCACGAUGGAGUGGCUCUCAUUACCCGGCGAGGUGGAACAGUUUGGCGAAAUGAUGAAGCUGCAGCUUGACCUCCGUAUCGAGGCGGCCAACCUGGCCACCUUUCGCCAAAACUUCAAAGACAGGUCCACGGCGUGGUUCCCGUAUCCGUACACCGACUUUACGACGCGCAACGUGCUGAUUGAGGAGUAUGCACAGGGCAUACCCCUCGCUGACUUCAUGGAGAAUGGCGGCGGCGUGUUCCAGCACGACAUUGCCGAUGAGGGGCUCGACGCCUUCCUACGCAUGCUGCUUCUCGACAACUUUGUCCACGCCGACCUGCACCCGGGUAACAUCAUGGUGCGCUUCUACCGCUCCGCUCGGCCCGAGCUGCCCAUGCGGCGCGCGCCCGACGCGCCCCCCGCCGCCCACGACCCGUCCGACGUGACCGAAGAGGUGCUCGAGCGGCUGCGGCCAUACCGCCGCGACCGCACCGCCUGGCAGGCGGAGCUGGCCACGAUUGACGCCGAGGGCUUCCGCCCGCAGCUCGUCUUCAUCGACACGGGCCUCGUAACGGAGCUCAACGCGACCAAUCGCAAGAACUUCCUCGACCUCUUCCGCGCCGUCGCCGAGUUUGACGGCUACAAGGCCGGCCACCUCAUGUGCGAGCGCUGCCGCCAGCCCGAAGCCGUGCUCGACAAGGAGGUCUUUGCGCUCAAGAUGCAGCACCUCGUGCUCAGCGUCAAGAGCCGCACCCUCGCGCUCGGCAACGUCAAGAUUGGCGACAUUCUCCAGCAGGUGCUCGCCAUGGUUCGCGGCCACCACGUCCGCCUCGAGGGUGACUUUGUCAAUGUUGUCAUUAGCAUACUGCUGCUCGAGGGCAUCGGCCGCAGCCUGAACCCGGACGUGGACCUGCUCAGCAGCUCCCUGCCCAUCCUACGACAGCUCAGCACGCAGCGUGCGGGUGGUGUCGGCGACUUCUCCAUGGUCCUCCUUUGGGUCGGUCUGGAGACGAGAAAGUUCUUGCAGGCAAGCAUCGAAGAUGUUGAACGAUGUGUCAAAUACGAUCUCUUGUCUCCCAAUGUUUAA